CGUUUGCUACGUUUAAAUUACGAUUCAUUCUUUAUUAAGCGACAGUGUUCGUCUUCACUUGAGUGCAGACAUCAAAACAGCCCUGUAAAACCACAGGCGUGAAUGUAAAAGGUUUAUUAUUUUAUUAAACAUAAAAACGAUGGAGAAAAAGCAGCAUAAAUCAGACAAACAUCAUCGCCGACAUCUUCAUCACCACCACCAUCACCAUCAGUCCUCCAGCAGCAGCAGCGGGGAGUCCGGCGGCAGCAGCCCGGCCCACGGGGCGCCCAAAGCGGCCAACGCCUUCGCCAACGACGGCAGCUUCAUGGAGAUGUUCAAGAAGAAGAUGGAGGAGGAGGAGAAGAGGAAGAGAGAGACUGAGGAGGAGGAGAAGACGAAGAGUCCUGCUCCGGCAGGGCAAGCGGCUCAGGACAAGAAGCCUUGUAGCGUGAGCAGCAUUGUGGGCAAGCGGAGGGGAGGCGCGCGUUUGGCCCUCAAGACAGGGAUGGUGGCCAAGAAACAGAAACUGGACUCCGAGGCGGAGACUGGGAAAGGAGACGCCUGGACUAAAUACAUGGCAGAAGUGAAAAAGUAUAAAGCGCAUCAGUGUGGAGACGAUGAUAAGACCAGACCGCUGGUCAAAUAGACUGGAGCUCUUCCUGUGGGCCGCACUGCCACAUCAUCAUCCUCUCACACACACACACACACAGUUAUUCACGCUCUUUUCCUUCAACUCUGUUUCCAGAUUGCGUUUUACCUUGUGCGCUGCCGUAUUUGACCGUCUGUUGGAUUCUGAUUAUUUUUAUGAUGUAAUUUGCAGUGUAUUCUUCAGUCCAUGGCAUUAGAAAAGCUCUCGCUCACCUUGUUGAUAUUUUGUACUCCACAUGUUUGGUACUUUAAUGUCAAUUGAUGAAGAUUGAUGAUGAAAUUAAAGUCACAGUACCGCAGAAUC